AUGCCUGAACAGUCCAAGCCUUCCACCCCCACGAGUUUCCAGCCGAAUGCUGGAAGUAUCGCCAAUUUUUUUCGCCCUAACCGAGCUGCGCCUAAUAUCGGCAAUGCCCUGGUCCUCUCGAGUUUCACUGGCCUGGCGCCUGUUGACUCUCAAUCGAUCGCCCGUUUAACAAGUGCGCUAGAGAGCUCUUCCGAUGCUACCGGUAUGGGCCUCGGCCAGGUUAUGCUUGCUCUUAGGAUUUUAUCGUCUGUUGGAGAUGGCAUGGCGCCUUUUCCAGCCUUAAAGGGCAUUGCAGGGAUUGGCCUUGAAAUUAUGAAUGUUAUAGUCAACUUCCAAAGCAAUGGGGACGCUAUGCGUGCUCUUGCUCUUCGUAUCUACGAGAUGAUUCGCACCAUUAACGAAGGUAGUCAAAAUGGAAGCAACGAGAGCCUUCGUACACUUACAGACCAGUUUGAACGCGAUCUUUGCAAGAUUCUUAACAUUGUCAAAGAUAUGGCUUCCCAGAACAUCGGUCAUCAAGUCAUACGUGCAGAAGUCAUCAAGGCGAAGCUUAUUGAUUGUACAAAGCUACUUGAUCAAUAUACGGAUAAAUUUCAGGUUGCGCUCGGGAUAAAUCAACAACAAAUCCUUGUUCGUCAACAAGAAAAUCUCUCUCGUCAACAGGAGAGUGUUGAUAAGAUUGUGGCUAUGCUUGAGAAGCAUACCCUGUCGACCCCUGUAAACAACUUGCUCAUUUCUGCAAUUGCGCCCGCUCCACCGAUGCACUUUGUGGGACGAGAUGAUCUUGUCCUUGAAGGAAUAUCCCACAUAACUGAUGCAAAUCUUACUUCUUCGGCACACAUUGCAAUUCUUGGCCAUGGUGGUAUUGGUAAAACUAGUCUGGCGCUGGCCAUUCUACACCAUGAUAUGUCCAAGGCUGCAUUUUCGGGACGUCGCUUCUUUAUUCCGUGCGAAUAUCUGAAGACCGGCCUUGAUCUCGCUCAGGCAAUCAUUCAUAUUCUCGGUGGCUCUAUGCUAGGCCAGGAAAGCGACGGCCUUACUGUUCUUCGACAACAGCUUUCCAACUUUGGUGAAAUGCUGCUUGUGAUUGAUAACUUUGAAACCCUCUGGCACGAGAGUACUUCACUUGCUCAAAUCAAAGUGGCCUUGGAGACCAUCAUGUCUGUCUCAUCUGUUUCAGUAAUUGUGACUAUGAGAGGCUUUGAGCCACCAUCUGGAUUUAAUUGGAGUUUAAUUCUGCCACCUCAAGGUUUAGGUCCUCUUUCACUUGAUGCAGCCAAACACAUGUAUAUGCGGGGUCAGUAUAUGGUGCCAGAAAGCUUUGAAUGGAAUAGGGAUCUUGAACUUCUCCUUACUGAAACUGAUUGUGUUCCUUUGGCUAUAUCUCUUUUAUCUGCACUUGCUCAUUCAGAUCCUCGGGUAUAUACACCUACUAGACUAUUGCAGCGGUGGACAAAGACCAAAACCAACCUAUUGAAAAUUCCUGGAGUACAAAGUAAUAAAAUGGCAAGUGUUGCCAUAUCAAUUGAUGUAUCUUUGCAUUCAAAAGCUAUAGCAGAGAAUCCUGAUACUCUGAUAUUGCUCCAAAUUCUUGCUUUUUUACCAGAAGGUCUUCCUUAUUGGGAUGAAUUGGUUGAAUACAUUAUACCAGACACCCGGAUAGAGGAUCCAUUUGGCACAGUGGAGAUUUUAUGCCAAACAUCUUUAAUUUUCAAAGCAGAUAAUAAUUCAUUGGCAUUGCUAUCACCAACAAGACAUUAUAUUAAUCAACAAAGCCUUGUUGAAAAAUCCCAAUUCAACAAUGAUAUUCAACAGAUUUAUAACUUUGUCCAACUAUGUAUUGCCAAUGGAAUGGAAAAUUUAAUUAAAUUUGGGGUGGCAAAUAUUACUCAAGUUAUUGAACAUUUCCUAGUUUUGCAUCCUACUACUGAAAAUGUGCAAACUGCUUUGCAUUGCUCUGAAGUUCUAUUCCAACAUGCACAGUAUAUGUCCAAUUUAAUGAAUACUAUUACCAAUAUGGCUGAAAAAUUGAAUAUACCACAACUCCUUGUCAAAUGUGUAGUCCAUCAACGUGAUAUAUUAAUGGCCUUAAAUAUGUGGAUGGAUGCAGAACAAAAAAGUCAACUAGGCUAUAUUCUUUAUCAAAAACUUGGUGAUAAUGCUGGAAUGGCUGAGUGUCUCCACAAUAUUGGGCAUAAUAUGAAAAUGCAAAGCAAAUAUAGUGAAGCUAUUGAAAUGCAUACAUUGGCAUAUGAGAUUUAUAUCAAACUGGGAAAACUAAAGCAAACAGCAAAUAGCUUAAAAGCUAUUGGAAACAAUUUAUGGGUAUUGCAUAAACAUGAGCAGGCAAUUGAGAAAUUAACUGAGGCAUUAACCAUUUAUACCCAGUUAAAGGAUUUAAAUGGUAUGGGACAUUGCAUGAAAGGUAUAGGUAAUAAUUUGAGGGCAGAAAAAAAUUAUUCAGAAGCAAUUAAAAUGCAUACAGCUGCGUAUAACUAUUAUUAUCAAAAGAAAAAUAAAGAAGGCAUGGCUGGAGCCUUAAAUUGCUUAGGAGAUGAUUUUCGCAUGAUACAAGAAUAUGAAAAAGCAGCUGAAAAACACACAGAAGCAUACAAUAUUUUUAAGGAAAUCAAUAAUACUUUGGGAUUGGCUGCAUCUCUUGAUAGCCAUGGUGAUACAUUAAGACUCCAGGGUGACUAUGCAAAAGCAGCUAUAAAACAUGAAGAAGCAUAUAAAAUUUUUGUCAAAUAUCAAUAUUGGCAUGGUAUUGGAAAUAGCCUCAAUAGCAUGGGAGACAAUUAUAAAGAGCAAAAAAAAUAUCCAGAGGCAAAAGAAAAAUAUCAAGCUGCUUAUGAUAUUUUCAAAUCACUUGACAACAAAAGCAAAAUGGAAAAAUGUGAUGAGAAUUUAAAAGAAAUUGCUCAAUAUAUUUAUAACUAA